AUGGCACAAGAAGACGAGAGAUGUCACAUCCGUGGACCGAUAGUAUGGGUAAAUGUGUUCAUCGCAACACCUGAGAACCGCAACAAAACAGAUGCAGAGUUUAUGGAUCUAGUGGCUGAGGCCAUCCAUGCGAGAAUUGCGAUGAAAACACCCAAUGUCAGUGUCUCGGUUACCCCCGAGCCCAUGCACCACAGAGUCAUGGGGUGUUUGUCGUUGCCAGCUCGUGGAGAUUAUUGGGCAUUUGCCCGGUUUCGGGACUUGUAUUUUGAUGCUUUUCUUAAGGAUGCGUUGGAGUUGGCACUAUUUUAUCAAGCCGAAUGUGCGGCGGGUAAUAUUAAGAUUGACCGGGAUAGAUUGUUUCGGCUUUUUCAUUUGAGAACGGAUGCUUUCUAG